UCCGCCUGGGCAUCCUUUGGCUUUGGAAAUGACGGUAUGGAGAGGCUGCACUCGGAGCACGCCGUGUCCCCCACCGAAUGGUACCAAUCGGCUCUCCCCGACCCAGAUCAUAAACCCUAACGAUUGGCCCGGGCCGAAGUAAUAGCGAAAUGAGAUGGCGAACCCCGAUCUUGUCGGCCUCCUCCGUCCGGUCGCUUCUCCGAGAAGUCGCCGCCACCAAAUCCCUCCCCCAGAUCGCCCAGCUCCACCAACACCUCACCGCCGCCGGCCUCACCGGGGACCCCUUCCUCUCCACCAAGCUCCUCGAGCUCUACGCCGACGCCGGCGAUCUCCCCUCCGCUCUCAGCCUCUUCGCGGUUCUCCCCUCCCCCUCCGUCUUCGCCUGGACCCCCAUCCUCGCCCUCCUCUCCCGCUCCGGCCACCACCCCCGCUGCCUCGCCGCCUACCGCUCCAUGCGCUUCGCCGCCAUCGCCCCCGACGGUUACGUCUUCCCCCCCGUCCUCCGCUCCGCCGCCGGCCACCACCACCCCACCGCCACCGCCUCCCUCCACGCCGACGCCGUCAAGUUCGCCGCGGCCACCGCCCUCCCCGUCGCCAACGCCCUCAUCAAUGCCUACUCCAAGUCGGGCGAUUUAGCCGCUGCUCGCCACGCCUUCGACUUCGAGGACGGCAGCGAUCUCCUGUCGUGGAACUCCAUCAUCGCCGCCUACGCCAUAGCGGGGUGCAUCGAACCCGCGCUGGGCCUGCUCGACUCCAUGAGAUCGGACGGCUACGACCCGGAUGUGGUAACGUGGAACACCAUAAUGGACGGCUACUGCCGCGCCGGUCGCUGCUCGGAGGCUCGUGAAAUCUUAGAUGCGCUGCCGCAACCCAACGCGGUCUCGUGGACCACCGUAAUCUCCGGGUACUCUCGCAGCGGGAAUCACGAGGCAGCCCUGGAGAUCUUCAGCCGCAUGAUGCACGCGGGGACUGUUCCACCGGACCCCGAUACCUUAUCCUGCGUGGCCUCCUCCCUCCGUCACGUGGAGGCGCUUGGGGCGGCCCUCUCGGUCCAUGCUUACGGGCUCAAGACGACCGCGGUCGACGCGUUCUACAGAGUCGCUGGAGCAGCGCUGGUCGCGUUGUACGCCAGCCGCGGUCGAAUCUCGACCGCCAAAGUGGUGUUCGACAUGAUGAGCCCGGCGGACGUGGUGACGUGGAACGCCGUGAUCCUCGGUUUCGGCCGCGCGGGUUUGACGCGUGUGGCGCUGGAGUACUUUAGUGCGAUGCUGUCGCGGGGCAUCAGAAGCAACUGCACCACCAUCGCCACGGUCCUCCCGCUGUGCGACAUGAAGCUGGGUAAGGAAGUGCAUGCACACGUGAUCAGGCAAAGCGAUGCGUACGCCAGCAGCACAGUGCAGAACACGCUGAUAGAUAUGUAUUCAAGAGCAGGGUGCGUCGAUCGCGCACAUCAGGUGUUCGCGAAGAUCGAGGUGGACGAUGUGGUCACUUGGAACACGAUGAUCGGCGCCUACGGGGCGCACGGACUGGGGACGCAGGCGCUGCAGCUCGCGCACCGGAUGGUGAGGCGCGGGCUGAAACCCGACGCUGUCACACUCACCAGCACACUGGUGGCGUGUGCUCGCUGCGGCCUGGUGGGCGAGGGGCUCGAGUUUUUGGAGACGGUGGUGCGAGAUCUCGGGCUCGUGCCGAGCAAGGAGCAGUAUGCUUGCGUCGUGGAUUUGCUCGCGCGGGCCGGGAGGUUCGAGGAAGCUGCCGGAUUGGCGGGAACGAUGCCGACGAGGGGGGGGGCGGAAGCGUGGGGGGCGCUGCUGUCGGCGUGCCGGACGCAUCAGAAUGUGGAGGUCGGCCGGUUGGCCUUCGAACAGCUGCUUCGGUUGGAGCCUGGGAAUCCGGGAAACUACGUGACGAUGUCCAACAUAUAUGUGAGAGCAGCAAGGUGGGAAGAUGCCAAGAAGGUGAGGUUGAUGAUGCAGAGGAAAGAGUUGUCGAAGCCAUCUGGCCAUAGUUGGAUCGCAGCAGGAUCAAGAACAAGAUGAUCAACUAUAUAUAU